UCUAUCCCUCUCUUUUUCGAAGCCACCCUUUCUCAAUUCUAUCUGUUCCUCCGUCCUCCAAAAACCCCCUCUUUAAGGGUGACGGCUAGGGUUAGGGUUUUUCCACCACCCUCCGCAAUUGCCAUUCUUUCCUUGUUCUUCUACUUCCCACUUGGAUCCCUCUACUUGAAAAUUAAAUCCUUAUUCUUUCUAGGGUUUCCCCUGUUCGGCCUUCUGAUUCAGAAGUUCGUUCCUUUUAUUAGGAUCCCGAUCUAUGGAUACCCGUAAGAGAGGAAGGCCUGAAUUCGGAUUCAACGUUAACGGAGGACUCAAGAAAAACAAGCAAGAAUUGGACUCCUUAUCAACUGGUGUAGGAAGCAAAUCGAAGCCAUGUACCAAGUUUUUCAGUACUGCUGGCUGCCCAUUUGGUGAGGGCUGCCACUUCUUGCACUAUGUACCUGGUGGCUACAAUGCUGUUGCCCAAAUGAUGAAUCUGGCACCUGCUGCACCUCAAGCAUCUAGAAACGUUGCAGCCCCACCACCACCUGUCCCUAAUGGAUCUGCACAGUCUUCUGUCAAAACCCGCAUAUGCAACAAGUUUAAUUCUGCUGAAGGCUGUAAAUUUGGUGAUAAAUGUCAUUUUGCCCAUGGUGAAUGGGAACUUGGCAAGCCUAUUGCUCAUUUUGAUGAUCAUCGUGCCAUGGGUCCCCCUCCAGUAGGUCGCAUGGCUGGUCCUGGUCGAAUGGAGCCGCCCCCUGGUCCUGCCACUAGCUUUGGUGCCAAUGCUACAGCCAAGAUCAGUGUAGAAGCUUCCCUUGCUGGAGCUAUCAUUGGGAAGGGUGGUGUAAACUCGAAGCAGAUAUGUCGCCAAACAGGAGCCAAACUUUCGAUUCGAGAGCACGAAUCGGAUCCAAAUCUCAGAAACAUAGAACUCGAGGGAAGUUUCGAACAAAUUAAGGAGGCGAGCAACAUGGUAAAGGAAUUACUUUUGACCUUGCAGAUGUCUGCGCCCCCUAAAUCGAACCAAGGUGCCCCGGGGUCGGCUGCUCCUGGAAGCAACUACAAGACCAAGCUGUGUGAGAAUUUUUCAAAAGGAUCUUGCACUUUUGGGGACAGAUGUCACUUUGCACACGGUGCUGCGGAGUUGCGUAAAGGUGUAUGAAGUAUGAGUCGUAGUCAGAUGCAUUCUUGGGUUUUGCCAUCAUAUUAGAGUUAUUAUGAUUAUUGUUUGUUAUUGCUGUGCAUUGCUACUUAGUGGUACUGACAGGAUUUUCGGAAAUGUUUUGCUGUUGAGUUUCCUUACAACUAUUUCUUAACAUUGCAAUUGCAACUUCCCCCUAUACUCUGAUCUAAAACCUACUUGAUGGGUUUUGUUCUUUUAGGGUUGCAAUUUGCAAAUGUUCUUGUGUUCA